AUGGCAGAAGAGAGAUCAAGAAGCUUUAAAAACAUCUUCUUUUUUCAUCGGCUUCUCUAUCUUUUUCUUGUCUCACAAGUUGCCAUUGCCUCUAGCAGAAGUACUAGUGUAGGAGUAAACUGGGGAACAAUGGCGAGUCACCAGCUUCCACCUGAAAACGUAGUGAAGAUGCUAAAAGACAAUGGGUUUACUAAGUUGAAACUCUUCGAAGCCGACCAAAACAUCUUAGAUGCUCUAAUUGGUUCACAAAUCGAAGUCAUGAUCGGAAUACCAAACCGGUUGCUUAAAGAAGUCGCUCAAGAUCCAGCCGUGGCAGGUUCGUGGGUCGAAGAAAACGUAACUGCGUAUUCUUACCACGGUGGAGUCAACAUCAAGUACAUAGCUGUAGGAAACGAGCCUUUCCUUCAGACAUAUAAUGGAACUUACGUUGAGUUCACUUUACCAGCUCUCAUCAACAUACAACGAGCACUAGAGGAAGCUAAUCUCAAAAAUGUCAAAGUCACUGUUCCUUUCAACGCAGACAUCUAUUUUUCACCGGAAUCAAACCCUGUUCCAUCAGCUGGAGACUUUAGACCUGAGCUCAGAGAUGCAACCAUCGAGAUAAUCAACUUCUUGUACUCACAUGAUUCGCCUUUCACAGUCAACAUCUACCCUUUUCUCAGUCUUUAUGGAAAUGCUUAUUUCCCUGUGGAUUUCGCCUUCUUUGAUGGGACUAACAAGCCUUUGAGAGAUGGCAGUUUGGUCUAUAACAAUGUGUUUGAUGCUAAUCUGGACACUUUGAUCUGUGCUAUGGAAAGAUAUAGCUUUUUGGGGAUGAAGAUCAUCGUGGGAGAGGUCGGAUGGCCUACGGAUGGAGACAAGAACGCUAAUGUAAAGAGCGCAGAGAAAUUCAAUCAGGGAAUGGUAAAGCAUGCUAUGUCUGGAAAUGGAACGCCUGCAAGGAAAGGAGUGAUCAUGGAUGUUUACCUUUUCAGCCUUAUCGAUGAAGACGCCAAGAGUAUUGCCCCUGGGACUUUUGAGAGGCAUUGGGGGAUCUUUGAGUUUGAUGGGAGACCGAAAUACGAGCUCGACUUAUCGGGUAAAGGCAAUGUGGGAGCUCUGGUUCCUGUGGAAGAUGUCAAUUAUCUGCCUAAAUCAUGGUGUGUUCUUGACCCAAAUGCGUAUAACCUCGAUGAUUUGGCUGAUAACAUUGACUAUGCUUGUAGCUUGUCUGACUGCACAGCACUCGGGUAUGGUUCCUCCUGCAACCAUCUUACUGCCGUAGGGAAUGCUUCAUACGCCUUUAAUAUGUAUUAUCAGAUGCACGACCAGAAUACCUGGGACUGUGAUUUCUUGGGGUUGGGUUUGAUCACAGAUGAAAAUCCGUCUGAUGAAAAUUGUGAGUUCCCUGUGAUGAUUGAUACAGGAGAUUCACCAAGGUUGCAGCUUGGAUCUUCAAGAAUGUUGAGCAGAGUCGCAGCCACGGUUUUAGUUAUUUUGGUCCUUCCCCUCUUGUAG